UUUCCACACACUUCCCAUCCCCAUGCCCCACUGAUCCCGCGCCGCUCCGGCAUUCCGCCCUCGAUCAGCACCGCCGCCCGAUCCAAUCCCCAACUCAUGGCGCUCAGCCUCAUGCCCCCUUCAAGCAUUGCCCUCCUCGCUCCACGGGGUCGCGUCAGAGUCGGGUCAGCGGCGCUGCCGCCGCCGGCGUCCAGGUUCCGCGCCGCGUCCUCUUCAAGAAGGCGCAGUGGUGGGAGGAGGAGGGGGCUGGCCGUCGUGGCGGCCUCGGAGGGAGGCCAGGAGGAGGAGGAAGAGGGUCCCGCAGCGGCGGCGGGGAGGAUGAACCUCAACGAGUACAUGGUCGCCGUCGACCGCCCGCUCGGCCUCCGCUUCGCGCUCGCCGUCGACGGCCGCAUCUUCGUGCAUUCUCUCAAGAGAGGGGGAAAUGCGGAGAAGUCGCGAAUCAUAAUGGUCGGGGACACUCUCAAGAAGGCAGGCACUGUCCACAAUGAGGGUCUUGUCAGCAUAAAAGACCUAGGUGACACGGAGAUGGUUCUAAAACAAGAGUCAGGACCAUGCAAUCUUGUCCUUGAAAGGCCAGUUGCGCCUUAUCCAAUACACCAGUUGCAUAAAAAUGAAGAUUAUCAUAUCCUAUUUAACAGAGGGAGGGUUUCUCUUCCGACCUGGAAUAGUGCUAUCUUGUCCUCAAAGCUGAAUAAAUCAUCUCCAGGAAAUGGGAAAUCUGGUUUUGCUAUAUUUUCCCCAAGGCUACUAAGUUCCCAAGGAUGGGCGCUUUUAUCUAGUGAGAAAGAUGGACUCAAUAGGAGGAGUACGAACCUUGCAAAUUGGAUGAGUGAGAUUGUUGGCUUUUACUCUGAUGAGGAUGACAUGGAUGCUGAAUGGGCACAUGGUAGUUUUCCUUUGGAGGAGUACAUUAAAGCCCUAGACCGUGCUAAAGGUGAACUGUACUAUAAUCAUUCACUUGGUAUGCAAUACAGCAAGAUUACUGAGCAAAUAUAUGUUGGAUCAUGCAUACAAACACAGAAGGAUGUGAAGAUGUUAUCAGAGACGGUGGGUAUUACUGCUGUCCUGAAUUUCCAAAGUGAAAGUGAGCGCAUUAAUUGGGGAAUAAAUUCCGAGGCAAUCAACAAUUCUUGUCGUCAGAACAACAUCUUGAUGAUUAACUACCCUAUUCGAGAGGUUGAUUCCAUGGACUUGAGAAAGAAGCUUCCUUUUUGUGUUGGUCUUCUUUUGCGGCUGAUACGGAAGAACUACCGUAUAUAUGUGACUUGUACCACUGGAUAUGAUAGAUCACCAGCAUGUGUGAUUGCGUAUCUACAUUGGGUUCAAGAUACACCUCUUCAUAUUGCUCACAAGUUCAUCACUGGGUUGCAUUCAUGUAGACCUGACAGAGCUGCAAUUGUUUGGGCAACUUGGGAUCUCAUUGCAUUAGUUGAAACUGGAAGACAUGAUGGCACUCCUACACAUUCAGUGUGCUUUGUUUGGAACAAUGGUCGGGAGGGUGAUGAUGUGGAAUUGGUGGGGGAUUUUACAAGUAACUGGAAAGACAAAUUAAAGUGCAACCACAAGGGUGGAUCCAGAUAUGAAGCUGAGGUUCGACUUCGACAUGGGAAGUACUACUACAAGUUCAUAGUUGGGGGUAACUGGAGGCACUCGAGUUCGUUGCCGUCAGAGACAGAUGAACAUGGGAACGUCAACAAUGUGAUCAGAGUCGGUGACAUCGCCCGGAUUCGUCCUGCUCCCAGCCAAUUGCAGAUAAAGGAUCCAUCUGUUGUUAAGGUGAUAGAGAGGACACUGACCGAGGAUGAGCGGUUUUCGCUGGCCUUUGCGGCACGCCUCAUGGCAUUUGCAAUCUGCCCAAUCAGAUUGGCUCCGAAGCAGUAGGCAUGCCAGUAGUUCCCAACCCAACCCAACCCCGGCCGGAGGAUCGGCGAUUCUGUAGUUUACAUAAACCUCAUGAACAGAGAGCAAUCUAUCUGUACCGUAUGCUCGUUGAAAUCAAUGGUUGGGCACAAUAUAUAUAUAUACAUAUAUCUUGUAGUUCUAUGAGCUGUACCUGAAAUGAACUUUUACUCUGGGUCUUUGGGUUGUUCACUCCAAAA